UAUUGAGAUGUUCGUCUUUCAUUGAGUAUUAAAGAAAAUAUAGUACUUCCCGUAAUCAUACAAGCCCGACGCCUUGGGUUGUCUUUUCAGUCAGUUCCAGCUCAUGUGGAUGGUAUUCCUGCAAUACCCAAACAACCAGAGCGGUGUUCCCCUCCCCACCACCGACUGUGCCGUCCUCGCUAUCCCCAUUGCUCUUCGUACCCCUUCACCCCCGGUGGCUGUAGCCAGUGCCACCAAUGCCCCACCCACCCCUUACCUUUACCCGAGGAAACCAUCCACUGAGGUGUCUUCCAAACCCGUCCCGCCAGACGGUCGCCACACACAGAGUGCAGCAGGCGGCAGCACGCACACGAAGGCCGCAGCAGCCCAUGACCUAUUUUUUUAUAUUGACUAAUAAGAGGCACGCAUGAGAGAUUUGAGCUAAUGAUAUUACAUUCAUUUAUUUUUACCUUCAUGUCCUUCCCGAACUAAUCUCCAAAGCCAUCCAGAGACGAGACGGCCAGCCACACACAAGCACGAAAGAAAAAACAGCCUAAAUACGGAGAAAGGUGUAAUAUGA